AGUAAAUAAUAGUAAACUUGUACUGUGACUUUUAUUCAAAUAAAGUGUAAUAAAGAAAUAAAUACGAGCCAUCUGUAUAAAAUGACCGAAAGCAGUUUUUACCUCAAAAUCGAAUCAUUUAAUGAAAAUCUAUAAACAAUGUUUGAAACGUGUUCUAAAAGAUGUAUGGUGCUUGGUACGAUAAGCCUGGGCGUAUUAACUAUAGUCGUGCUCAUACUGGAGUCACAUUUAGCGGAGACGCUUUCCGGGAGCCAACGAAUGAAAAACAAAACAUUUCCAACUGAAAACAAUUCCACUUGUUGGAUGUAUCAACCGUACAAGAUAAUUAGUGAAUGUCAUCCUUGUUCAGACUUUGAAAUUAGAAGUAAAAGCAUAGGAGUCUGUAUACACACUAGUUUCAAGGAAAUUCUAAAAUGUGACAAUGGUGAAACUGUAACUAGGAGUUGUGACAGAGUUGCAUAUUUAGAAGAAAGGGCCUAUUGGAAAUUCACAAUAUGGUCUUUUGUUAUUGGAGCGUCAUCUUCCUUAGCUGUUAUGUUAAGGAUGAGAGUCUUGAACUACAGAGCUAAAAGAAGAGCGAGACAGGUUCUAAGUAAUGGAUCUAUUUAGUAAAUGUGAUAUUUAAUAUUAAAUUUUGAAUAAUUUUUAUCCAUCAGUAUUUAUUAAUGGAAUGUUUUCUUUUUCUUUAUAUAUAACAAU